AAAUUCCCCAAACUCCCCCACAAACCCAAUUUAAUUUGCUGAUUGAUGUUGAUGAUGAUUGAAGCACAUGUCUUUUUUAGUCGUGGUUUGCGGUAAUUAUUCAUUGCAGUUCUGUUCUGCUUCAGUGUAGUGAUAGGUGUGUCGCUUUUUAAAUCUCAUGGAUGCUUUUGGUAAUUGCUGUUUAUAGAGGAAUUGUUCAUUAGGAUUGGUUGUUGGUAUUAAAUCCUUUAUUCAAAAUGUUGUUGUGUGAGAAUAUUCAACCAGGGAGCCAAGGUGAUCAAACUGCUCUUGCUAUUGUAAGUGAUGGUCGUUCAAAACCUGAUUUUGGUGUGGAGGAGGAGGCGGAGGAAGAAGCGGAGGAUGAGGACGACGAGGAGGAAGAUGUAGAUUUCAAUUCCUUUUUGAAGGAAACACCUUCUCCGGAAGCUUCUUCUAGUUUGGGCUCAGAAAUUGAGGUUUUAGAUGGUGAUGUUGUUAAUGGUAGAGCAAAUACUAAUGUUACUACAGAUGUCAAUUCAUCAAACUUUGAUGCAAAUACUAUGGUGCCAAACUUUGAUGUUGGAGAUUUUGAGAAUUGUGAGGAGGAAACUGUGAUGCAAAGUACUGCCUCCCCUGAAUUACAAAAUACUGUUCCCUGGAAACAUAACAAGAGGAAAGCUAGACUUAGUUCUGAAUCAGAAAGAGAAAAGGAAGGUCAUUUGAGCAGUGUAAAGAAAAGUAUGGUGGGAGAUUUGGGUAAUGCUACACAUUCUGAGAAGCCUCUAAUGCUUUUGGAUGAUGCUAUCUGCAGGCGUACUGGGGCUCGUUAUUCACUUGCCAGUUUCACGCUUGAUGAACUUGAGGCAUUUCUUCAGGAAACAGAUGAUGAGGAUGACAUUCAAAAUGUUGAUGAUGAAGGGGAGUAUAGGAAAUUUCUUGCAGCUGUUUUGCAAGGUGGGGAUGCUGAUCACCAGUCAACUCAGGGAAAUGAAAAUGUUGAUGAUGAAGAUGAGGACAAUGAUGCGGAUUUUGAAAUAGAACUUGAAGAGUUACUUGAAAGUGAUUAUGCUGAAGCAACAUUGGAAAAGGCACAGGCAGAGGAAAAUCAAAGAGCUGAACGGCGGCCAGAGACAAGGCAGAAUAGAAGGCAAAAAACCUCUGCCCAACAUGAAAGAAAUGUUUUUGAGCAGAAAUAAGAGGCCAUUGCGUCCCCUCUUACCAAUCUUUCCUAAUGGGCCAAUUGCACCCAUACCUGCUCUUAAUGGGAAAACUUG